GCAGAGCGGAGACUCGCUCUCGUCCAAGUCACUCAUUCAGGCAGAUAGACAGAGCGGUUUCCUGUGUUUGUGUGGCUCAGGCGAGGGUGAGCUGGGAGAAGCAGCAGCUGUUGCCACCUGAACAUGGUCUAAAGAAGAGGAGAGAACUUCCCGGCAGCUCGCAUCCACGCCUAGAUGCACGGAUCAUACCCGACCGGAGAGUAAAGAGGGAAGAAAAUCCGCAAAUUUAACGAAGAUGGCGAACGACUCUCCUGCUAAAAGUCUGGUGGAGAUAGAUCUCGCCUCUUUACGGGACCCAGCCGGCAUAUUUGAAUUGGUUGAAGUGGUCGGAAAUGGCACAUACGGACAAGUGUAUAAGGGUCGCCAUGUCAAAACAGGCCAGCUGGCAGCCAUUAAAGUUAUGGAUGUUACGGAGGAUGAAGAGGAAGAAAUCAAACUGGAGAUCAAUAUGUUGAAAAAGUAUUCUCACCACAGGAAUAUAGCAACUUACUAUGGUGCUUUUAUAAAGAAGAGUCUGCCUGGACACGAUGAUCAACUCUGGCUUGUAAUGGAGUUCUGUGGUGCAGGAUCCAUUACCGACUUGGUAAAAAACACAAAAGGAAAUUCCCUGAAGGAAGACUGGAUUGCAUACAUCUGCAGAGAGAUCAUUCGGGGAUUGUCACAUCUUCAUGUCCAUCAUGUUAUUCAUCGUGACAUCAAAGGCCAGAAUGUAUUGCUUACAGAAAAUGCUGAAGUGAAGCUGGUUGAUUUUGGUGUUAGUGCACAAUUGGACAGAACUGUUGGUCGAAGGAACACCUUCAUUGGAACACCCUACUGGAUGGCACCAGAGGUCAUUGCUUGUGAUGAGAAUCCAGAUGCCACAUAUGAUUACAGAAGUGACUUGUGGUCAUUAGGGAUCACGGCUAUUGAAAUGGCAGAAGGAGCACCUCCUCUGUGCGAUAUGCACCCAAUGAGAGCACUCUUCCUCAUUCCCAGGAAUCCACCCCCACGUUUGAAGUCCAAGAAAUGGUCAAAAAAGUUUUUUAGCUUUAUUGAAAGCUGUUUAGUGAAGAAUUACGUGCUGCGACCUUCAACUGAACACCUGUUAAAACAUCCAUUUAUCCGUGAUCAGCCCAAUGAACGGCAAGUUCGGAUACAGCUGAAGGAUCACAUUGACAGGACAAGGAAGAAGAGAGGUGAAAAAGAUGAAACUGAAUAUGAAUACAGUGGAAGUGAAGAAGAAGAAGAGGAAUUGCCUGAGCAAGAGGGAGAGCCAAGUUCAAUUGUAAAUGUGCCUGGAGAAUCGACUCUUCGUCGUGACUUCCUGAGAUUGCAACAGGAGAACAAGGAGCGUUCUGAGGCAAUGCGCAGGCAACAACAUCUUCAAGAACAGCAGCUCCGGGAACAGGAAGAAUAUAAAAGACAGCUCCUUGCAGAGCGCCAAAAACGAAUCGAGCAACAGAAAGAACAAAGGCGACGGCUUGAAGAGCAACAGAGAAGGGAACGAGAAGCACGAAGGCAACAGGAGCGUGAACAAAGGCGGCGAGAGCAAGAGGAAAAGCGAAGACUGGAUGAAUUGGAACGUCGGAAAAAGGAGGAGGAGGAAAGAAGAAGGGCAGAAGAAGAAAAGAGGCGAGUGGAGAGAGAACAGGAAUAUAUCAGACGUCAGCUGGAAGAGGAGCAACGUCAUUUGGAGACUCUGCAGCAGCAAUUGCUCCAAGAGCAGGCCAUGCUAUUGGAAUACAAAUGGCGGGAGAUGGAGGAACAGCGACAAGCCGAGAGAUUGCAGCGCCAGUUACAGCAAGAGCAAGCUUACCUUCUGUUGCUCCAACAUGACCACAGACAGCAGGAAAGGAAUAAAUCCUACCAUGCUCUUGAACCUAAGCCUAAUUUUGAAGCAACAGAUAGGAGUAGGGAGGUUGAUGAAAGAUUUAAGAAGAAUAACCAGGGCUCACCUCAAGCACAAUCAAAACAGAAUAGCAACAUUUUGGAACCCCCAGUGCCUUCAAGAUCAGAAUCAUUUUCAAACGGAAGUUCUGAAUCUAAUCCCGUUGCAUUACACCGGCCCAUGGAGUCACAGGUUCCAGUGAGACCAACGCCUCGAUCCCCUGUGUUGUCUCGUCGGGAUUCUCCAUUGCAAGCCAAUAGUCAGUCAAGUGGCCAGAGUGGUCCAAAAACUUCCACAAGCAACAUAGAGCCCAGACUGUUGUGGGAGAGGGUAGAGAAACUCGUGCCAAGACCAGGCAGUGGCAGCUCCUCGGGCUCCAGUAACUCCGGCUCACAGCCAGGAUCUCAUCCCAGCUCCCAAACUGGAUCUGGUGAACGUUACAGGCUACGAUCUUCAUCAAAAUCUGAGGGUUCACCAUCUCAACGUCAUGAAAAUGUGAAUAGAAAGCAAGAAGAUAAAAAAGAUUUAGGGCCAAGCCGACCAGCUGGUGAAGUGUUUCAGGAUCUUGCUGCCUUAGCGAAAGAGCUUCGAGCUGUCGAUGAUGUCCGGCCUCCUCAGAAAGUUACUGAUUAUUCUUCGUCAAGUGAUGAAUCAGGAACUACCGAUGAAGAAGACGAUGACCUGGACCAAGAUGGAACUGAUGAAACGGAACCCAUGUCGGAUGAUGCUAGGGCAGUGUCGUCAAAGCUGAGCAAUGGAGAAACUGAAUCAGUGAAUACAAUGAUAGUUCGUGAUGAUCUGGAGCUGUUGACUGAAACUUCUGUUACUCCCUCUAAAGAUGGCACUUUAAUAGUUCGACAGAGCGCAGGUGACUUAAAGCGUGCCAGCCACCAUGAGAGUAAUGGCUUUGCAUCCCGCAUUCACCUCUUGCCAGAUCUCAUACAGCAAAGCCAUUCCUCCACCUCCCCAACCAGCCAGCAGUCUCCUAUCAUGUCCCCUCAGCUGCCCCUGGACGAGCUUACUACUAAUGAGACCCAGUCAGCAGGAAACACACUUCAGAAACACAAGUCUUCCUCAUCUUUCACGCCAUUUAUAGAUCCCAGGUUAUUGCAAAUAUCCCCAUCAAGUGGGACCACUAUAUCAUCUAUGGUUGUUUUUUCAAAUGACCAGAUUAGACCAGAAUCGAUGAGGCUGGAUCCCAGUAGAAAAGGCUCAGUGGUCAAUGUAAAUCCAACCAAUAUAAGGCCUCAGAGUGAUACACCAGAAAUCCGCAAGUACAAGAAGAGAUUCAACUCGGAGAUUCUUUGUGCUGCCUUAUGGGGUGUAAAUUUAUUAGUGGGUACCGAGAGUGGGCUGAUGCUGCUGGACAGAAGCGGUCAAGGAAAGGUGUAUCCUCUAAUCAAUCGGAGGCGGUUUCAGCAGAUGGACGUGCUUGAAGGCCUGAAUGUGCUGGUAACAAUAUCAGGGAAGAAAAACAAAUUACGAGUAUAUUACCUGUCUUGGUUAAGGAACAAAAUAUUGCAUAACGAUCCCGAAGUAGAGAAAAAGCAAGGCUGGACAACAGUCGGUGAUUUAGAAGGAUGUGUACAUUAUAAAGUUGUAAAGUAUGAAAGGAUCAAGUUUUUAGUGAUUGCUUUGAAGAAUUCUGUUGAAGUCUAUGCAUGGGCACCAAAGCCAUACCACAAAUUUAUGGCCUUUAAGUCUUUCACAGACCUGUUACACAGGCCAUUAUUAGUAGACCUCACUGUGGAAGAAGGACAGAGGUUGAAAGUGAUCUAUGGCUCCAGCGCUGGCUAUCAUGCAGUUGACGUGGACUCUGGGACAGUCUAUGAUAUUUACCUGCCAACACAUAUCCAAAACUGCAUCCAACCACAUGCAAUUAUUAUACUUCCAAAUACAGAUGGAAUGGAAUUGUUGGUAUGUUAUGAAGAUGAAGGAGUCUAUGUUAACACCUACGGGAGAAUUACUAAAGAUGUGGUUUUACAGUGGGGAGAGAUGCCUACAUCAAUCGCUUACAUCCGAUCCAAUCAGAUUAUGGGUUGGGGAGAAAAGGCCAUUGAGAUCCGGUCAGUGGAAACUGGACAUUUGGAUGGUGUAUUUAUGCAUAAAAGAGCACAACGACUAAAAUUUCUUUGUGAGAGAAACGACAAGGUCUUUUUUGCUUCAGUUCGUUCUGGUGGAAGCAGCCAGGUUUACUUCAUGACUCUUGGUCGGAGUUCACUUCUCAGCUGGUAGAAAAGCAAGUCAUAGUUUGAGAGAAGCCAGUGUCUACUCAAGAUCUUUAAAGCCUUGAAUGAACUAACAACUGGAGGAAAACAAACUGCACUGAUGUAAUGCAUUGCCCAAACCUAUCACGGACAUUAAAGUGAACUGAAACAAGGAUGCAAUGCUACUGGUGCUGUGAUAAUUUUACUGUCAGGUGACCGCCAGUCUAGAAUAGAAAAGAAACACCUCAUCUCAGUUACAACAUCCCUUGGCUUAAGAUGUCUGCUUUUUACUUCAGAAAAGAGCCCAAUGAAUGCAAGAGGUUUGUUCUAAUGUAGUCAGGCAAAGGGGAAGUGGAAACUGGUUGAUAGACAAUAAAGAAUUGUGUAUCACGGAUAAGGGGAAGCUGAAUUUUUUUCAAUGUAUAUCAUUCUAAGCAACUUUUUCCGUAAGGUGACAUGUUUUAGAAAGAAAAUGCAAGUUUGAAAUUUUAAUUGAAAUGUGAAUGACAGAUUGGGAGGAGGUCUUUGCAAGGGAAAGAUGUUUUUACUCUUUUUCUGUAUAUCAGGUUUUGCUUGUGUUCGCAAUCUUUUAAAAAAAAAAAAAAAGUAAAUUGAAAUUCGUGCAAAGGACGAGUUUGCACGGAUUUAUGGGGAGACCAGAAACUUGAUGUUUGGUUACAGUAUUAAAACUGCCUCUCCGUGGUUAGACUAUUUGUAGUAGUGCAAAAGCAGUUUAACAAAUCUUGCACUCAUAAAUUGCCCAAACUACUUUAAAACAUUUAUUUUGCCUACCUCAUAUGUUUAAGAAAGGAUAAAGAGGUGGUUUAGUCAUUUUAAUGUUAUUUGUAUCUGAAACUUGCAUCAUUGUCUAAUUUAAAGUUUAUUAAUACCAAAUUUAGGAUAAAACGUUUGUCAACUGUUGGUCAAAUUGUAGCUCGUUUUAGUAGGCAAACAGUGUGAUUUUUUUGUAAUUGGAAUAUACCAGCUGUGAGCAGAAACAGACAAAUUUAUGGUCAGCUUUGUGCGUAUGAACAUAAGAUGGAGGCAAGUAAUCAUCUGAUCUACAGUGCCCUCCAUAAUGUUUAGAACAAAGACCCAUUAUUUAUUUAUUUGCAUCUGUACUCCAACAUUUGAGAUUUGUAAUAGAAAAAAAUCACAUGUGGUUAAAGUGCACAUUGCCAUAUUUUAAUAAAGGUUAUUGUUAUACAUUUUGGUUUCACCAUGUAUAAAUUACAGCUGUGUUUAUACAUAGUUCCCCCCAUUUCAGGGCACCAUAAUGUUGGGGACACAGCAAUGUCAUGUAAAUGAAGAUAUUUUGCUGCAUAUCUUUUGCAUGCAAUGACUGCUUGAAGUCUGUGAUUCAUGGACAUCACCAGUUGCUGGGUGUCUUCUCUGAUGAUGCUCUGCCAGGCCUGUUUUGCAGCCAUCUUUAGCUUAUGCUUCUUUUGGGGGCUAGUCCCCUUCAGUUUUCUCUUCAUCAUAUAAAAGGGAUGCUCAAUUGGGUUCAGAUCGGGUGAUUGACGUGGCCAGUCAAGAAUUUACCAUUUUUUAGCUUUGAAAACCUUUGUUGCUUUAGCAGUAUGUUUGGGAUCAUUGUCUUGCUGUAGAAUGAACCGCCGGCCAAUGAGUUUUGAGGCAUUUGUUUGAACUUGAGCAGAUAGGAUGUGUCUAUACACUUCAGAAUUCAUUAUGCUACUUCCAUCAGCAGAUGUAUCAACAAUAAUAAGUGAGCCAGUACCUUCAGCAGCCAUACAUGCGCAGGCCCUAACACCCCCACCACCGUGUUUCACAAAUGAGGUGGUAUGCUUUGGAUCUUGGGCAGUUCCUUCUCUCCUCCAUAAUUUGAUCUUGCCAUCACUCUGAUAUUAGUUAAUCUUCGUCUCAUCUGUCCACAAAACCUUUAUCCAGAACUGUGGUUCUUGGCAAACUGUAACCCGCCAUGCUAUUUUUGUGGCUAACCAAUAGUUUGCAACUUGCAGUGUAGCCUCUGUAUUUCUGUUCAUGAAGUCUUCUGUGGACAGUGGUCAUUCACAAAUCUACAUUACAAACGUCAGUGAAGCCAUGUGUCCCAAACAUUAUGGUGCCCUGAAAUGGGGGGAGGGGGACUAUGUAUGAACACAGCUAGAAUUUCUACAUGGUGAAACCAAAAUGUAUGAAAAUACCAUGGCAUGGUGGCGCAGCAGUAGAGUUGCUGCCUUACAGCGAAUGCAGCGCCGGAGACCCGGAUUCGAUCCCGACUACGGGUGCUGUCUGUUCAGAGUUUGUACCUUCUCCCCGUGACCUGCGUGGGUUUUCUCUGAGACCUUCGGUUUCCUCCCACACUUCAAAGACGUGCAGGUCUGUAAGUUAUACCUUUUUAACAAUUGCUUGUGAUUAUGUUUUCCUUUAGAGUAUCUGAAAUACUGAUGAGGUGCUCUACUUUGUAUUUUUGGUAAAUGUAACAAUUGUCCCUGGUGGGUAUAGGGUAGUGUUAAUGUGCGGGGAUCGCUGGUCGGCGCGGAUCCGGUUGGCUGAAACCGGUUGGUUUCUGCACCUCUAAACUAAACUAAACCCUAUAAUAAAAUCUGACAAUGUGCACUUUAACCACAUGUGAUUUUUUUUCUAUUACACAUCUCAAAUUGUGAAGUACAGAGGCAAAUAAAUAAAUGAUUGGUCUUCGUCACAAACAUUAUGGAGGGUGCUGUAAAUGUGGUUGAAGCAAUAGCCACAAUUGUGAUCCUCCAUUUCAGUGCAGAGCAACAACUAACAUUCUUGUUACUCAGCAGAAUUGGAUUUAAGUAACAGUUUGAAAAUAGUUUUACUAAGCUAUUCUAUUGCAUUAAAAUAAACUGUAAAUGUAGUAGGGAUCAGGUGGUUGAUUUACGAUGCAAUGCACUAAAAACACUUAAUUUCAAGAAUGUAGUAAAACUGCUUAUCAAUACUAUAUCUUCCCAUAUUUAGAUCCAAAAUUCCAGCUGUGGAAUGAUUUUUUUAAUAUCGCUGUAAACAGAAUUUUAUUUUACAAAUGUUAGACAUUUACAAAUGUGUCUACAGUAAUAAUCUGUUGAAUUGUCACUCAAUUACUUGAGAUACCUAUAGUGUAUACUAUACUAUACUGUUGUUGUAAUAAUGCGCAGUAGCAUUAUAUUGAUCCAAUGAUAUGUUAAACUUUUUUUGGUACUUUAUAAACAGCUGCCUUAUGCUGUUAUGUGCACAGGUUCUCAAACUUUACAGGGCUUAGUUCUCUUAGAGGAGACUAUUCUUUCUGCAAUGAAAUUUUCUCAGUAUGGUACAAGGAGAUCAAAUGUGUACCGUGGGAAUCUUUCAUUCACUCAUGUCACUGUGAUCUUUCUCUCUAGCAGCUCCUGUUCACUGAAUAAUUUGCAAUGUACUCCUAGGUCAUCCAUUUGGAACUGUAAAAGUAAUUGUAGAAACUUCCUGACAUAAGUAGGUUUACUGUGAGCAGAAUAUUUUUGGAUUUAAAAGAAAACACUGUUAAAUGUCCUGAUGUUGGAAGCAAUUCCUCUCAGCAGAGUCUGUGAUUGGCAACUCCCAUCUAUGAGAAGUGCCACGGUGGUGUAACAGUAUUAAAAUGCCACUAUCUCUUAGUUUUUUAAAUAAUUUCAACACAUUGUUUCGGUGCUUUCUGAGUAGGUGAAAAUGCCUAUAAUUUUAAAUUCUAAUACUUUGUUUAAAGUCAAAUAACCUUUGUUGUAUGACUGCAGUGUCUCUAUCUUAUGCAUGUUACGUUCGAGAAAAUGUUUACAAAAUUUGUUUUGUUACACUAAUGUGCAUCACACCUAUUUAUGUUUUUUUUUCUGAAAUGAUCUGAUUUAGUUUUUAGUUUUGUAUUACGAGUACACUUGAUGUUGAUAACCCUGAACUCUGCUGAUAACCAAGAAACUGAUAUAAAAAUAAAAUGAGGUAUACUGUGUCUAACUGCAAAGCAGAUUGGGAAAUACAGUUACAAGUAAACCUCUUCAAACACCCUUCUGCAAUGUGGUCUAACUUAUGUCCUUUGUGUAUUAUGAGAAUUCCUGUAUUUUCCCUGAAGUUCAUCUUUUCUUGAAUAAAAUCAACUUAAUGCACAUUGUGCAUAACACAACACAA